UUCAGAAUCCACACCACAGCCAAGCUAAUCUCUUUUACAUUCUUUGUAUUCUUAAGUUUCCUGAGUGAUUUGUGAGCCAUGACAGGAUCCUCAACACAAAGAGGCAUGUGGUCCCUGAUCAAAGAUGUUGAUCAUACCAAGACCACUUGGGCCUUAAAGGUGAGGGUGGUCAGGGCAUACGAAGUCCCACCACACUCAAAGGGGGGGGGGGGGGGGGGGCACUGGAGAUGGUGUUGCAUGAUGAACAGGGAGACCGCAUUCACGCUAUCAUAAAAAGGCCACAGGUCGAGGUUUACAAAACCAUGAUCAAGGAACACAAAAUUUGCGCUCUAAGGACGUUUUUGGUCCUAGACAACUACCAAACUGUCAAAACAAGGGACCAUCCUUAUCUGAUUCAAUUCAUCAGCAAAACUCAAUUCAUUGAGGACACUAGGACUGUGUUGCCAAUGAUGGUGUACGACUUUCAGCCAUUUGACAUGUUGCAGGCUCAACGCGUCAUCAACGACAAAAAAUUGAUUGAUGUCAUUGGGAAAGUCAUAUGCAAGAGCGGUGUUCAAAACCACAUCAUCAGCGGCCGAACUGAAAGAAUGAUGGAGUUGACAUUAGGAGACCCUGAAGGGAACAGACUCGGAUGUGUUUUGUGGAACAAGUACAUAGACCAGUAUAUGGAGUUUGUGACCGAAAAUGUUGGUGUGCCUGUGUAUGUAAUUUUUCAGCUGUGCAGGCCAAAGAGAUACCAAGGCACCCUAUCUGUGUCAUCUUCAUUCGAUGUGUCAAAACUGAUCAUCAAUGGGAGGUCAAGCGAGUUUACUGAAUUUCAAAGCGAAUUUCCUUCCGACGGUGAUGACAGUGUCACAGCAAUAACCAUCACACUAUCUUCCAACGGUGAUGGGAGCCGCGAAGAUGUCCUUGCGGGCCAGGCUGUCAUAACGACAAUUCAGGAUUUGGUUAAGGCUACAGAGGAUGGGGUUUACUGGAUCAUCGGAGACAUUGUAUCUCUUGAAAACUAUAGAGAAUGGUGUUACUUAGGCUGCCCAACAUGCCACAAAAAACUAAAACCAGAAGAUGAUAGGUUCAUGUGUACCAAUUGCCAUGUCACAAUGGCAGAUGGAGUGUAUCGGUACAAAGUCAGCAUUUGCAUCAUGGACCAGACUGGUCAUUCAACCUUUAUUUUGUGGGACAGGGAAUGUAUUGAAGUUUUUGGAAAAACAUCUGCUUUUCUAAUGGCUGAGAUGGAGAAGAAGACUGAAGACCAAACUAGAUUUCCAGAAGACAUAGAAAGCUUGGUAGACCAAAAGGGCCUGUUUAAAAUUCAGUUGAAGACAAAAAGUGAGGAGAAUACUUACAAGAAAACAAAGUCAUUUACUGUGGUGACAAUGAUACGGGACCCUAAGGUUCUGGCAUUAUAUGAAACGGAUAAGGAACAGAUAUCAGUUCAUGACACUCCAACUGCAAAGAUUGGGUCAAGUCUCAAUGAUGGUGAAGGUUCUACAGCAAGGAAAAAAAUGAAAGAUGUCCAAACACAAGAGGUUGUUGAGGCAAUUGACCUCCCGGACUCACCCCCACUGGGUACACAGAAGGAGGUGGAGGUGGAAAUGGAUGGACAACUGAAAAGGAAUCUGAUAGAUGAAUUCUCUACAAGUGGUGCCGGGAAGAAGCUGAAGAUAAAAGUCAAAGAAGAACCGCUCUGAAAAAACAACGGCCAGUCUGUUGGUCGGGACUUAUAUUUUGUACUAAGACAGUCUUGGACUUAUAUUUUGUUUUGCGGUGUUAGGUUGUAGCCUAAAACACUAUCUUGGGCAUCAUUAUGUACUGCUUUCAGGAGGGAUGACAAACUAAGCAUGACACCAUAGUUCUCCCAUGGGAGCCAAGUACUAAUUUGAAUGAUGGUAUUAUCUAUAUGAUGAUGUUAGAUGUUUA